UCCUUCGCGAAGCUAAGCUGGUUCGGUUCGUUUCUUCUUCGAAAAUAAAUAGAAGUAUCAACAAAAAUGUAGACAUUGGCCUUAAGGCCAACAAAUAUUAAUCCGAAAUAAUCAUAUUUGUUUGGAGAUGUUUAAACACAAAUUGUGGAAUAUUUAAAAGUGAGCACCUUGAUUUGCAGACUUCUUGUGCGGGUGUGCGGUAUAUUUACAGUUAGUUGCGCAAAGUGCGUGUUUAAAAAUAGCAAAAAAAGACGCUGGAGAUGAAAACCGAAAUAAAUAAGGAGAGGAAUAAAUAAGUGCCAAAGAGAAAUAAGAAAAGCCCAGCCAGACAGUCUGGAAAAUCUAGAGAAAAACAAAUUUAAGCCGGCACUAAAAACCGAAAGUGGCUGCAUCCUCGAUUUUGAUGAGCAGCCAACAGAGAUUUCCGGUACCCAGCCAAAUGGCGAGGCGGAGUUCCACGCUCCAGGAUUUAAAUGCCCCAAAUUCUUAUAUAUGAAAUAAUUCGUUGCCUAGCAGGCCACACGCCCUAUCACCGGCCAUGCCCUCCGCCUCCGUCCCGCCCCUUCCGGUCGACACUGCGUGGAAAAAAAUCAGAAUGCCAGCCCAGUCCAGUUAAUGGAAUGAAAUAAAAUAAAUCAAAACGGCAAAAGCGGCGAAACAGCAGAGUUGACACAAAAGAAAAGGCCAUAGUGAAAUAAUAUAAAAUUCGAAGGCGAACGAAUGAAAUCAAAAAACCAGCGUAGAGUAACGCGACCAACACGAAAGAAAUCAACACUUGGACCGGCAACAGCAACACAUAUUGCCAGUGCAAUUGCAACAGCAACUUAUAUUGCAACUGCACCAGCAAUUCGAGGGAUCUGCUGGACACAUUCUCUAGAAUGAAGGGCAACUACAUCAAUCUCAGCACGCACAGUGGAAUCAACGGAGCCAGUGGCAACGGCAACGGCAACGGCAAGAUGUCGCUGGGCAAAUCCAUCAAAAUGUACCUGACUAUUUUCAUCGCGACCACAUGCAUUUACAUGGUGCUCUACCAGUACCACAUAUCCCGCGAACCCUUCGCCGCCGCCGAAGUUGUCAAGCAUCAAGAGAAAUCAUCGUCAUAUAUCGCUUCAUAUUUGUGGUCACCCAUUUCCCUGCUAAUGGCCAAUAGUUCCUCAAACAUCAAUACCAAAUCCACAACAACAAGCACAACAAUAGCUCCAAUAACAAGAACAACAACAACCACAACCACAACAGCUGGUACAGUGGGCAGUGUGGGUCAGAAAGUGGGUGGUGCAUCCUCAGCCUCCAUUCGCAUGGUUUCAUUAGCGGCCACAGAAGCCACAUUUAUAUCCUCGUCAUCGGAACUAAGAUCGGGAUUGGGAUCGGAAUCGGGAUCGGUGGGUGGCUAUCAAAAGACUGCAACCACUAAAACAAGCACCACAACAAGAACAACAACCACAACAACAGCCACAGCCGGUGUGUUAGCAACAACAAUUAAAUUGACAACAACAACGAAAGCCAAAACAAGCGCCAAAACAUCCGCGGUGGCCACGCCCACCGCCUCCCACUCGGAAAACGGCCAAAAGACUCGACCAACAUUCGUUGCCGCCUCAGAGCCCCCGCCCCUGUACAUAAUCACGCCCACCUACCGACGACCCGAGCAGCUGGCGGAGCUCACCCGGCUGGGUUAUACCCUGAAACAUGUGGUCAAUCUACUCUGGCUGGUCAUCGAGGAUGCCAACAAAACGAAUCCGCUGGUGGCCCACACUCUGGACCGGAUCGGAGUGCCCUACGAGUAUAUGGUGGCACCCAUGCCCGAGAAGUACAAACAGACGAAACGGGCCAAGCCGCGUGGCGUCUCCAAUCGGAAUCGAGGCCUGGAGUAUCUGCGCCACAAUGCCACCGAGGGAGUGCUCUACUUCGCCGACGACGACAACACCUACGACAUUAGCAUAUUUGAGCAGAUGCGCUACAUAACGAAAGUGGCCAUGUGGCCAGUGGGCCUUGUGACAAAGACCGGCGUAAGCAGCCCCAUAAUUCAGGGGGGCAAGCUGGUGGGCUUUUACGAUGGCUGGAUCGGGGGUCGCAGAUAUCCUGUGGACAUGGCUGGUUUUGCAGUGAGCGUUAAGUUCUUGAAGGAGCGACCAAAGGCGCAGAUGCCUUUUAAGCCGGGAUACGAAGAGGACGGCUUCCUGCGCAGUCUGGCUCCACUGGACAAUAAGGAAAUCGAGCUGUUGGCCGACGAGUGCCGAGACAUUCUCACGUGGCACACGCAGACGAAGAAGAACGCCCCCGCACAGGCGCUGAACAGGACGCGCUACAAGAACACGAACCUGGAGUACAUAGACAAGUUGCUGGUGCGCCCGUAGGGAUAUUGACUGUAGUUAGCUAGUUAGUCUUAGCGAGGAGCCCCCCGCGAGCUCCUCCCAUUUUGACCGUGGCUCUGACGGGUUGUACAGGUACAACCUGGCGCACGGAGAAACCAAUCAGAUUUGAUCAGAUCAGUAGUCGGUGUACAUUGCAACCAUAAUCAUACGAGUAGUUAGGCUCUAAGCGCACACUACACACCUCUAUGGUAAUUCAAUGCACCGUAGGCUUUUUUUGGUCCCCUCACACGUAAUCGUAGCAUAUACACGCCUAAUCAUACCUUGAGUAAUGUAUUGUAUUGUAUUGUAUCAUAUCUCAGCGUCCACGACUAUUUUGUAAAUAAUCGCAAUGCUUGAUUUAAGCUUAAGACAUAUGUGCUACAAAUUCUGUUUACGCUCUAAGUUGAAACGGAUUUUUCAGCCAAAAGGGCAAAGUUUAGCAACGAAUUGGUUAAGAUGUUCCUAGAGACCAAAGAAAAAGGACCCCUCAAGUUCUGCAUUCAACACACACCUACCUAACAUGCAUUCCCCUGGGAAAGUUCAAUCAUUUGCGAGGUCAAGGCCUGCAGCACAUCAGCAAUCAAUUAGGGCAAGGUGUCAACAACAAACUUGUUUCCCCGAAUUCUCCAAAAACCGGGGCAGUCGUUUCAAUAAUUCAUGCCCGUCAUAUGGAUGUUCGAGGCACAUGUACGAGUGGCACAGAUAAGUUGUCCUUCCCCGGAGAAUCCAAAUCGCGUGCCACACUAAAAUUGCACAAACAGACAGUGGAUACGAACAGGACGAAGGGGACACAGUUUAAACAUUGUAAUGGCUCCUGCUAAUGGGACUGAAUGGCUCAAAAGUUUGGCAAAAUCAAUUUCAUUCGAAACGCUGCACGAUUAUCCAUUUUUUUUUUUUUGUUGAAUGAGAACUCCUUUUGUAUGCCUAAGAUAUGCGUUUAGUUUUUCCGAAACGGGUUUCCAAAGCAACAGUUUCACUUUCACUACUCAUAAGUAACGCUAAGUUAAGUUUACGAAGAAAUUUAUAUUCAAGUUAUGAACUGCACUGAAAUCGCCUACAUGUAAAUAAUAAUCACCAAAUAUUGUAACCAAAUUUUUACACGUCCCGCAAAAAAAAAAAGGGAAGACGCGCAGGAAUGUGGAAGAGACUAUGACAAAUGGUAUUACGAAAUUUAUACAAUUUAUACAAUUGAAUAUGGUAUAUGGAAUAUGGAAUACGAUAGGCCGCAAAGCAAUUAGUUAGGUACUUACAAAAAUCUAACAAAAAUAAAAUUAACAAUGGAGUCUGGGACGAGCUCUCAAGAAAAAUCAACUUAAACCUUUUCAAGAAUAUCUCAAAAUGUUUCAAUGAAUAUUAAAGAUACACACAAAUACGUCUAAAACUAUUCUCUUAUUCAAGUAAACAACUACAACUACAAAGUUUAAACCUGACAUGACUUAUAGCAAGGAACUUCAAUCAUUUUUUAAAAAAAUACAAAUACCUUUCAAUAAAUUGAUACAAUUUUCUUAACAAUUUUCAAAGUA